AUGACCACCAAUUUCAGUCAAAAACUGAAACUCCGUGGAUUUCCCGAUCACUUGACUGUUCAAGGAAUCGGAGGUUCCAAUUCAGUAUCCCGUAGACGAGUGAACGCUCGGAUCCUUCCCCGGUCCGGUGAUAUUUCGUCCUACAACGAGGACAUGUCGUUCUACAUUCUACCGGAGUUGACAGCCACUCUGUCAGUCCAAAGGGUCAGUGUCGGUCAAUGGAAGCCGCCAUCCAGUAUCGUGUUGGCCGAUCCACAAUUCUGUGAGCCCGAGCAGAUCGACAUCAUCAUCGGUGCCGAGUAUUUCUACGAUUUUCUCACCGAAGGACGAAGCAAGAUUAGCGAGGAGGGACCAACUCUGCAGAAUACUGUCUUCGGUUGGAUUGUUUCAGGACGCAUUCUUGAUCAACCAGUGAGUCCAACGCAAGCAGUUUCGUUUUCGUGCACGCUAGCGGACAUCCAGGACCAGCUAGCACGCUUCUGGGAGUUGGAGUCCUGCAAGUCCAGUAGCAUCCAGUCGGUAGAAGAAUCAACGUGCGAGACCAUCUUCGACGAGACAACAACUCGGGAUAGCAGUGGCAGAUUCAUAGUGUCGUUGCCGAAGAAGGAGUUCGUCAUGCAGCAGCUUGAAGCCAACCCCGAGCUGAAGACUCAGUACCAUCAGUUCAUCCGAGAAUAUGAGCAGCUUGGCCAUAUGAAGCAGGUGGACAGCGAAGAUCCAGACUUUCCCAUCUUCUUCCUUCCGCAUCACGCAGUGUUGAAGCCAGACAGUACCACGACGAAGUUGCGGGUAGUAUUCGACGCAUCCUGCAAAACGUCCACAGGAGUUUCGUUAAACGAUGUCCUGAUGGUCGGACCCGUCGUUCAGGAUGACCUGCUGGUGAUUCAACUGCGUUUCCGUCUCCACCGAAUAGCCGUUGUCGCAGACAUGGAGAAAAUGUAUCGGAUGAUCCUCGUCUAUCCGUCAGAUCAACGGCUCCAGUGCAUUCUGUGGAGGGAUACUCCGAACGAACCUAUCCCCACGUAUUAG